GGUGUCACUAAUAUCAAUGAGAUUCAGGGUGUCACUAAUAUCAAUGAGAUUCAGGGUGUCACUAAUAUCAAUGAGAUUCAGGGUGUCACUAAUAUCAAUGAGAUUCAGGGUGUCACUAAUAUCAAUGAGAUUCAGGGUGUCACUAAUAUCAAUGAGAUUCAGGGUGUCACUAAUAUCAAUGAGAUUCAGGGUGUCACUAAUAUCAAUGAGAUUCAGGGUGUCACUAAUAUCAAUGAGAUUCAGGGUGUCACUAAUAUCAAUGAGAUUCAGGGUGUCACUAAUAUCAAUGAGAUUCAGGGUGUCACUAAUAUCAAUGAGAUUCUGUUUGUCACUAAUAUCAAUGAGAUUCAGGGUGUCACUAAUAUCAAUGAGAUUCAGGGUGUCACUAAUAUCAAUGAGAUUCAGGGUGUCACUAAUAUCAAUGAGAUUCAGGGUGUCACUAAUAUCAAUGAGAUUCAGGGUCUUCGUAAACUGCGUAAAACUCAGAAUGAGCCGUUAACCAUAGAACGAUACGACCCACCGGUGGUGAAUGCUACGCAGAAGACAAUUGCAGAAAGAAAAGUGCUUGAUUUAAGAAGAUGGUUUUGUAUAAGUCGUCCUCAGUACAAUAAAUCCUGUGGGAUUUCCUCCUUGGUUUCAUGUUGGAAUUAUCUUUAUACCACAAUGGGUGUUGGCAGUAUGGAGCCAAUAACUCAAGAAGAAGCGCUGGCAGUACUUGGAUUCAAGCCACCAUUUGGUGAAAUCCGAUUUGGUCCAUUUACUGGUAAUUCCACAUUAAUGAGAUGGUUUAAACAACUCAAUGAUUUCUACAAUGUUCGUGGGAGAACCUAUUACCUGUACAAACCACAUGGCAAAGGCAGAACAAUGGGAAGGACAUCAGAAGAAGCUUUACGACUACUGAAGUCUGGACUGAAAGAUCCCUCCAUUACUUACAUUUACCAUUGCCAAAACCAUUACUUUUGUCCAAUUGGAUUUGAAGAUGUGCCUUCAAAAGCCGUACAUGCAUACAGAGGUGAUUUAGAAGACGAUGAAGGGGAGACCUGGAUACUGAUUGGUGAUACCAGUAGAAGACAUCCAGGAAUACAGUGUGUGAAAUGGCAGGAUAUUGUCAAAGACCUGAAUCUUCAAAAUCCAGAAUAUUUGAAUAUACGUAAAGUACACCUUGGCGUUCAGAAACGCAAGACCAAGAAAAUUGGUGGUAAUUUACAUUGUAUCAUGGCAUUUCAGAAGAGCAGCUGGCAAGGAAUCCGGUCGCUGAAACCGCUCAAAUCUGUAACCAAACCACCACCGGCUGGACAAUUACAAAACGUCUCACUACAGAGGGAUGAGACUACGGAUGAGGUGACGGUUGCCGAUACUCAUGAUUACCAAUGGACUGAGGAUAUUUACCCUAGCAUAGCUGACAGUGAUAGCACUGACGAAUCACUUACCAGCGAUGACUAA